AUGCAGCAUAGGGAGUCGUCAAAGCGACCGAGUCCCUUUGAGGAGGCUGCAGAACAGAAGAGUUACCGCGUGGCGGAUGUGCAGUUAGCACACUGCACGCAACACAACAGUGCCGCCGUGUUGUGCUCCACCGCCGGUAAAAUUGGUCGUAAUGGUCGUUCCGCUGCUGUGGGCGCCACUCUAUUUUGGCUCACCUGUCCAUAUUUAAAUACAAUAGUGGCGAGAUUUGAGCGCCAUGGGGCGGUGAGUCUACUGCAGAAAUUGUUAGAUGAAAACAAGGUUGUGGCCGCUAAGCAUGUUUCCUCACAUACAGACUACGAGAAGCGUGCUCAGGCAUUAUUGAGUGCUGAGCGUUGGGCCUUCUUUGAUUCACAUUUUGUAUCCGCUGGGGAAUCAACACAAGGUCGUAAGUAUGGUAACGCUGCUGUUAGUCAUGCAACCGAUCUCAAAUGUCUUCAUGCUCUCGUUGCACAGUCUUUAUGCGGGGCAAGUAAUAUAAUAGGGGAUGCAAUUAUACAAUAUAUUCUACUACUAUCUGAAAAGGUUAAGACAUUUGAGAAGACAUUACUCACACUAGAUUCUCAAACUAACGAUGAUGAUCAUGAUGGAUCUGAUGUUGCCGACGUUGAUGAUGAUGAUAAUAAGGAUAAGGAUAAGGAUAAUAGUAAUGGGGACGAUAAUAAAAAAAUAAAUAAUAGUGUGGCCUUGAUGAACGCAAAGAAAUCGUUAGAUAAUGUUAAUGCCUUAGUUUCCUUUGUAGAGAAUUCCGCAGUUGCAAACGAGGCGACAGAUGAAACAUCAUCACCCGUCUUGAAUGCUGAUGCUCUUUGCAUUGCAGCGUGUAAUGUGCUUACCUUCCUUGAAGGGCGACCCCCAAGACUACGUAAAAAGCACCGUCUUAAUUGA